AAAUUACAAUUAUGAAGCUUUAAAACAAUUCCUCAACAAAUUUCCUGAAUAUAAAGGACGCCCAACAAUUAUAAGUGGUGAAUCAUAUGCUGGUGUCUAUUUGCCAAUGUUGGCUAAUUUAAUUAUUAAAAGACAAAAAAAGUUCCCAAUAAAUUUGAAAGGAGUGCUAAUUGGAAAUGGGAUGUUGAGUCACAUUCUAGAUGAUAAUACAAUGCCACUUUAUGCUUACGGUCAUGCUAUUAUAGAUGAAGAAUUAUGGCAAUAUUUUGGCAAAAAAUGUUGUAAAGGAUGUGCUGAUACUUGUGACAUUCAUUCUUAUGCUAAUAAAACAAAAACAGAAUGUUAUAACAUUAUUGGUUCGAUCUUUAAGAGUAUUUAUAAUGGUAUCUCCAAUCCUUAUGAUAUUUAUCGUGAUUGUGUUCGAGAAGCAUUCCAUAUUCCAAACAAUAUUACAUGGAAAGAAUGUAAUGAUGAUUUUAAGAAUAAAUAUGAUCUACAAUAUGCUGAUAUGGUAGAUUUCAUGAAAAAUAUAAUAAAAGCAAAGGUGCCAGUAUGGGCAUAUUAUGGAGAUACUGAUAUUUUAUUAACACCAAAAACCCCCUGGAUUCUUGACGACCAAAUUGGGGGUACUGUAACUGAAUAUGACGGAUUUACUUUAUUAACCGUUAGAGGUGUUGGGCAUAUGGUCCCGCAAUGGGCACCUAAAAGAGCAUUUUAUAUUUUGACACAAUUUUUAAAUCAAACUAUUUAA